AUGGUGUCCUCAGAGGACCUAUCUUUUCCAGAACAAGUCAACAGGGUAGUGAUACCCCAUACCGCAAAAACAAUCUUUACGAAACGUCUUAUCCUACGCCCACUGUCAGUGCUGGAUGCGGAAGCCCUCUUUCAGCAUAGAAGCAGACAAGAUGUUGCGGAAUGGCUCUGGCCUCAAAUUGCACAUAGAGAUGUUCAAGAAACAAGAGACUCCAUUGCCCAGAAGACAUUUCAGACGCCCGACGCAAACGGGACUAUUGGACUGCAAUUUUCGUUCGCCAUUGUCAUUGCAAAUGAUCCAAAUCAACCUGUAAUAGGAGCACUUGGAAUCAAUGCCCUUCAUCCAGCCCCUUCUAUAGGGUACUGUACUCACCCUGAUACGUGGGGAAAAGGCUAUGCGAGCGAAGCUGUCGCUGGGCUUGUUGAAGCGUGGUGGAGCCUUCCAAGGAAAGAAUCCCUUCAAUCGGAGCGACUAUUCUCUGGUUGCAAGAAGUCCAACUUGAGAAGCUGCAAAGUUCUCUUUAACAAUGGAUUCAAGGUAUUCAGAGAGGUAGCGAUUGGAGAAGAUACUGCUUUAUUAUUUGACUUGGAAAAGCCAGCUAAGGAGAGGGAACUUGCCAGUUUGGAUAAUGGUAGAGGUUUGGAGGAAACUCAAGAUCCGUAUACUUCAAAUCUAAGUUCGAUACAGUAUAAUCAAUGA